AUUCGCUCUGGAUGUGUCUAAAGCUUUGUCUGUACUGUAAAAGACAUUGCACGAAAAGCUGCCAGAGAUGUAUGGAUAAAAACUAUUGUUUCAGUUUACAGGACCACUUCAGCAGAAGUCAUACUGCUUGAUCAUCAGCUUUUGGCAUUUGAAUAACAACAAAAUGUGUGCCCCUGGUUUUUGUAUAAAAACCACAACCAAAGGCCAUCAAAGUACAGCUGGUACAGUGAUCUGAAGCAACACAAUACCACCAUGGGCAAGAUCAUCUUCUACGAGGACAGGAACUUCCAGGGCCGCAACUAUGAGUGCAUGAGUGACUGUUCCGAUAUCUCCUCAUACCUGAGCCGUGUUGGUUCCAUCAGGGUGGAGAGCGGUUGUUUCAUGGUCUAUGAGCGCAAUAGCUUCACGGGCAACCAGUUCUUCUUGAGGAGGGGCGAGUACCAUGAUAUGCAGCGCAUGAUGAGUAUGGGCAUGAUGUUCGACACUAUCAGAUCUUGCCGCAUGAUUCCUCCAUACAGGGGAACCUUCAGGAUGAGGAUCUAUGAGAGGGAUAACUUUGGAGGACAGAUGUACGAGCUGAUGGAUGACUGUGAAAGCAUCAUGGACCGUUUCCAUAUGUCUGACUGCCAGUCCUGCCAUGUGAUGGACGGCCACUGGCUCAUGUAUGAGCAGGCCCACUACAGAGGCAGGAUGAUGUACUUUAGGCCUGGAGAGUACAGAAGCUUCAGGGAUAUGGGAUAUAGCAACAUGAGAUUCAUGAGCAUGAGGCGUAUCACUGAAAUGUGUUAAAUUGCUAGAAUGUAGACGCAAAUAAAGUAUU